UGCGUCUCAGCAGAAAGCCACUGACUCACGCCUCUCCUCUGGUUACUUGGGAGUCAGCUGCGAACCAGCAAACUCCGAAGCAGCCGCUCUGACUGCAGCGAGCAUUCGCACGGCGCGUUCGGUCCCUCAACUGCUGCUCGCGGAAUUCCAGUUGCCGUUUUAACGCGUUUUAAAUUCUGUCAAACAGCACGUCAUGAUGGAAACUAUAGAGCGAGCGGCAGUUUUAACGGUCACCAGCACUUCGGCUUAGUCGUUGACGGGAUUCUGCAGCUUGUCUGUUGGUUCUUCCUGAGGAGAUUAAACGCGGAGGAUCUUUUCGAUAAAAUUAAGUGUCGGUGAUACUCGAGACCCACCAAACCGAGUGUUUUAAAACGGCGUCUGGCUGUAUUUGUGGAGCGAGUUGGGAUUCCUGUGAAGGUGCCCAUCAUCCGCAGUGUGAGCGCGACUGCGGCGGUGAGGGGAAAUCCGCAGAGAGAACAGGUACAGAAUGUCCCCAACUUCACGAGAAGCCUGAAUACUGAUACAGAGCACAGGCAACAAGUAGUGGACAGAGACACUCUUCCCAUAGGGCAACAGGACAAUGGCUUCCCACAACAGGAGAUUGAACUGUUUCACUUUUUCUUGCUGCAUCAUUGUCCUGCUGGUUCCCCUCGUGGCUACAAGGCCACAACAGCCUUCAGCGGCAUCCAGAGUACAUGAGGAAUACAGCACAUUCCAGGUGGAAAACCCUGAAUGGACCUUUAACCAUCUUGCGGUGGACCACAGAAAUGGGAAUGUGUACCUUGGGGCUGUGAACCGCAUUUACAAACUCUCACCUGGGUUGGAUGUACAGGUGUCACAUCAGACCGGCCCAGAUGAGGAUAACCGGAACUGCUACCCUCCCCGAAUAGUGCAGCCUUGUAGCGAACCACUCACGUUAACCAACAACGUCAAUAAGAUGCUGCUUAUGGACUACCGUGAGAACCGGCUGUUGGCUUGCGGCAGCCUGUACCAGGGUAUUUGCAAACUCCUCCGUCUGGAUGAUCUCUUUAAGCUUGGAGAGCCCUUCCAUAAAAAAGAGCACUACCUCUCUGGUGUCAAUGAGAGUGGCUCCGUUUUUGGGGUCAUUGUGUCUUACGGUGACGCUUCACCUGAUAAGCUAUUCGUGGCCACAGCUGUCGACGGAAGACCGGAGUACUUCCCAACAAUAUCCAGUCGUAAGCUCACCCGUAACUCUGAGGAGGAUGGGAUGUUCGCCUACGUCUUCCACGAUGAAUUUGUUGCCUCCAUGAUUAAAAUCCCAUCGGAUACAUUCACGGUGGUACCAGACUUCGACAUCUAUUACAUAUAUGGGUUUAGCAGUGGAAAUUUUGUGUAUUUUCUCACAUUGCAACCCGAAAUGGGAGGAGGCCCAACGACUGGGUCAUCCUCGGCCGGGCGUGAACAGGUGUACACUUCCAAACUGGUGCGACUUUGCAAGGACGACACUGCGUUUAACUCAUACGUUGAGGUUCCUCUUGGUUGCGUUAAGGGUGGGGUUGAGUAUCGCCUCCUGCAGGCGGCCUACCUUUCCAAGGCAGGUACCAUUCUGGCACGUUCGCUGGGCAUAGAACCCGAUGAUGACAUCCUUUAUGCUGUGUUCUCCAAAGGACAGAAAAGGAGGCCCAAGGAGUCAUCUCAGGAGUCGGCUCUAUGUGUGUUCACUCUGAAAGAAAUUAAUGAAAGAAUUAAGGACCGGCUGCAGUCGUGCUAUAAAGGAGAGGGAACCCUGGAUCUUGCCUGGCUCAAAGUUAAAGACAUCUCAUGCAGUAGCGCACUCCUCACCAUCGAUGACAACUUCUGUGGUCUGGAUAUGAACGCCCCACUCGGCGUCUCAGAGAUGGUGCGUGGAAUUCCACUGUUCUCCGAAUCCAAUGACAAAAUGACAUCAGUUAUCGCCUACGUGUACAAGAACCACUCUCUGGCUUUUGUGGGGACCAAAGGGGGUCGUCUGAAAAAGAUUCGAGUAGAUGGUCCUACCUAUGGCGCUUUACAGUAUGAAACCAUCCAAGUUGUCGACAAUGGGCAGAUCCUGCGAGACAUGGCCUUCUCUUCAGAUCAGCACUUCUUGUAUGUGAUGUCAGAGUCACAGCUGACCCGUGUCCCAGUGGAGGCCUGCGAGCAGUAUUCAUCCUGUAAAGAGUGUCUGGGAUCUGGAGAUCCUCACUGUGGCUGGUGUGUGCUUCACAGCAUGUGCACUAGGAAGGAGAAGUGCGAACGGUCAUCCGAGCCUCGUCGUUUUGCCUCGGACAUAAAGCAGUGUGUGAGACUCAGCGUUCACCCCAACAACAUCUCCGUGUCUCAAUACAAUGUCAUGCUAGUUCUGCAGGCACAUAACGUGCCAGAACUUUCUGCAGGGGUCAACUGCACCUUUGAGGACCUGGCAGAGAUGGAUGGUCUAGUCGAGGGGAACCGCAUUACCUGCAGCUCUCCUGCGGAGAAGGAAGUCCCACGCAUCGUCAUAGACCAAGGUGACCAUCAGAUUGUCCAGCUCUACCUCAAAUCAAAGGAGACGGGACUAGCUUUCGCCAACACUAGUUUUGUCUUCUACAACUGCAGUGUACACAAGUCGUGUCUAUCCUGUGUUGGAAGCCCAUACCAGUGCCACUGGUGCAAAUAUCGUCACACGUGCACCCAUGAUCCGAGCAGCUGCUCUUUCCAGGAGGGUCGUGUCAAACAGCCAGAGGAAUGUCCUCAGCUGCUUCCAGCGGAUCGUAUCCUGGUUCCAGUAAACGUAGUGAAACCCAUCACCCUUCGGGCCAAGAACCUGCCCCAGCCACAGUCGGGCCAGCGUGGGUACGAGUGUUUACUCACCAUACAGGGCGUGGAACAGAAAGUUCCCGCCCUCCGCUUCAACAGCUCCAGUGUACAGUGCCAGAACACAUCGUACUUGUAUGAUGGGAUGGAGAUGAGUAGCCUCCCUGUGGAUCUGACGGUCAUCUGGAACGGAGACUUCAGCAUUGACAACCCGGCCCAAAACAAAGUGCACCUAUACAAGUGUGACGCACGGCGGGAGAGCUGUGGACUCUGUCUGAAGGCAGACCCUCUGUUCGGCUGUGUGUGGUGUAAGGGAGAGAACCGUUGCUCUCUGAAACAGCACUGUCCUCACCCGCAGAGCAUGUGGCUCGAGCACAAUGGCAUCAAUAGCAAGUGCACGCACCCCAGAAUCACAAAGAUCACCCCACUUCGAGGGCCGCGUGAAGGUGGAACACUGGUGACUAUUCGUGGCGAGAACCUGGGACUGGAGUUCAGUGAGAUUAAGGACUAUGUGAAGGUUGCAGAUGUGGAAUGUACGCCAGUACCCGAGGGAUAUAUACCAGCAGAACAGAUUGUGUGCGAAAUGGGAAAAGCGGAAAGAAGCCAGUUUGCUGGAAAUGUCCAAGUGUGCGUUGGAGAGUGUCGUCCCGAGUUCAUGGCCAAGUCGUCUAAGUACUACUACUUUGUGAUCCCUAGAUUGUCGAGUUUAAAGCCAAACCGAGGGCCAGUAUCUGGGGGCACCAUAGUUAACAUCACCGGCAGCAACCUGGACGCGGGCAGCAAUGUGUCAAUCAUGUUCAAAGACCAGAAGUGCACCUAUCAAAGGAGAGGAGGACAGUGGAUAACAUGUCGUUCUCACGCCUCCAUGCAAGGCUACGGAAAUGUGUCUGUAUCAGUGUUCGUGGAUAAAGCCCACAUUCACAAAGAUCUCAAGUUUGAGUAUGUGGAGGACCCCACUAUCACCAAACUUGAACCCGAGUGGAGCAUUUUCAGUGGCAACACACCAGUGACUGUGACUGGGACAAACCUGGACAUCAUCCAGACUCCUCUCAUCAGAGCCAAGUAUAAGAACUUGGAGACGGUCAACAUAUGUCAGGUUCUGAGUCCCACCACUAUGCAGUGCAUGGCCCCAGAGCUUCCUUACAGUCUAAGCAGGCAGAAGGAAUUGCCAGAGAGACCUGAUGAGUUUGGCUUCAUCCUGGACAAUGUUCAGUCUGUGCUGGCCCUCAACAACACCAACUUUAUCUACUACCCAAAUCCAGUGUUUGAACCGCUCAGUGUGUCUGGGGUCCAGGAACUCAAGCCAGGGUCCCCCAUCAUUCUCAAAGGUAGAAACUUCCUCCCUCCAGCCCCGGGUGGCAACGGGAAACUGAACUACACUGUUCUGAUUGGAGACAAACCUUGCACCUUAACUGUAUCAGAUACUCAACUGCUAUGCGAAUCGCCCAAUCUGACUGGACGCCACAAGGUUCUGGCACGUGUUGGGGGCAUUGAGUUUUCGCCAGGUGUGGUCCACAUUACCUCUGACAGCCCCCUCAGUAGCACUGCCGUUAUUAGCAUUGCUGGGGCAGGAGGCCUCCUCAUCUUCUUCAUCGUCAUUGUCCUCAUUGCCUACAAGCGCAAAUCCCGUGAGAGUGACCUCACUCUCAAGCGCCUGCAGAUGCAGAUGGACAACCUGGAGUCCAGAGUAGCCUUGGAGUGUAAAGAAGCAUUUGCAGAGCUGCAGACAGACAUUCAUGAGUUGACCAGCGACCUGGACGGAGCUGGUAUUCCAUUCUUGGACUACCGCACAUACACCAUGCGAGUUUUGUUCCCUGGCAUCGAAGAGCACCCUGUCCUUAGAGACCUGGAGGUGCCAGGUUACAGACAGGAACAGGUGGAGAAGGGCCUAAAACUGUUUGGACAGCUUAUCAACAACAAGGUUUUCCUGCUGUCCUUCAUCCGAACUCUUGAGUCUCAGAGAGGCUUCUCCAUGCGAGACCGCGGCAACGUCGCCUCCUUGAUCAUGACCGUUUUGCAAAGUAAACUAGAGUAUGCAACGGAUGUGCUCAAACACCUGCUGUCUGACCUCAUUGACAAGAACCUGGAAAGCAAGAACCAUCCCAAACUCUUACUCAGAAGAACAGAGUCUGUGGCUGAGAAAAUGCUCACAAAUUGGUUCACUUUUCUGCUAUACAAAUUCCUCAAGGAGUGUGCCGGGGAGCCCCUCUUCUCUCUAUUCUGUGCCAUAAAGCAACAAAUGGAAAAAGGCCCCAUCGACUCUAUCACCGGAGAAGCCCGCUACUCACUCAGUGAAGACAAGCUCAUCAGACAGCAAAUUGAUUACAAGACUCUGGUGGUGAACUGCUUGCAUCCAGACAAUGAGAAGAGCCCAGAGGUGCAGGUGAAGGUGCUGAACUGUGACUCCAUCAGCCAGGUGAAGGAGAAGAUCUUGGAUGCCAUCUACAAGAACGUCCCCUACUCGCACCGACCAAAAGCCUCUGACAUGGACCUAGAAUGGCGUCAAGGCAGAGUAGUACGAGUCAUCCUUCAGGAUGAAGAUGUUACGACAAAGAUUGAGGGUGACUGGAAAAGACUCAACAUGCUGACUCACUACCAGGUGACUGAUAAUGCAGUGGUAGCUCUCGUAUCAAAGCAGGUCACCGCAUACAACUCUGUGAACAACUCCACUGUCUCCAGAACCUCUGCUAGCAAAUAUGAAAACAUGAUCAAGUACACGGGCAGUCCGGACAGCCUGCGUUCCCGCACACCCAUGAUCACACCUGACCUGGAGAGCGGCGUCAAGGUGUGGCAUCUGGUGAAAAACCAUGAGCAUGGAGACCAGAAGGAGGGAGACCGUGGCAGCAAGAUGGUCUCGGAGAUCUACUUGACCAGGCUGUUGGCCACGAAGGAUUCCACACAAUCUGGAAGAUUUCCUGAUGUGGAUUUCACAACGGGUUCAAGUUGGUCAACACGCCUACCUCUACGGUUCUGGGUGAAUGUGAUCAAGAACCCACAGUUUGUGUUCGACAUCCAUAAGAGCAGCAUCACGGAUGCCUGUCUGUCUGUGGUGGCACAAACAUUCAUGGAUUCGUGCUCAACGUCAGAGCACCGCCUGGGCAAAGACUCCCCCUCUAACAAGCUGCUGUAUGCCAAGGACAUUCCCAGCUACAAGAACUGGGUGGAGAGAUAUUACUCCGACAUUAGUAAGAUGCCUGCGAUCAGUGAUCAGGAUAUGAACGCAUAUCUAGCAGAACAGUCCCGUAUGCACAUGAACGAGUUCAACACCAUGAGCUCACUCAGCGAGAUCUACUCUUAUGUAGGCAAAUAUACAGAAGAGAUUGUGUCUGCGCUGGAGCAGGAUGAUGGUGCCAGAAAACAGAGACUGGCCUAUAAGCUGGAGCAAGUGGUCGCCUUCAUGAGCCUGGAGAGCUGAGGACCACAUUUCCCAGAGUGCACUGGGAGAUCCAUCAGAAACCGAGCCGUGCCUGAUUGAAGACCUGUCCAUCUAUCUCAUCUCUUCUGUUUGCAAUCUUCCCACAAAAACAAGCGUUUGCAUCAUAUUAGCUCUGCUUUCUAGAAGAGUAGAGAUGGGAACUGGAGGGUGGGAGGAGGAGCCAAGGACUACAUUACCCAUGAUGCAGUAGAGUGGGUGGCCAUCCGGCUCUGCUGUGUAGAGGAGGGGUGGCUGCCUACGAGUUCCACGUCACUGCAUCCUCCAUCCUUCUCCCUGACUGGAAAAGAGAAAAAAAAAUUAUGUUGCCUUCAAAGUUUAGCUGAUAAGCAGAAACCACAAUGUUUGGUGUCAAUUUGUUCUGACUUUUAGGGUAGUGUGCGACACUAAUAUUGAGUCCAGUUCAUUGUAGUACCUUUAUGAAAUACUGAAACGCAAGACGAAAAAAAUGGUACUGCACGCAUCUGAAGAAUGCAGUUCAUUCGGGCCAUUUCAAAAGACACAAAACACCUUGAUGACACUGGAUUUACGGGACGCGCAAGAUCAUUUAUACGCUUUGAUAAAAGAACAAUCAAGCCUUGAGAAUCCCAACUGCUUAUUCUCACUUUGAAGACAGUGAGGUGUAUUUAAAACCGUCUACAUUUAGCGGGACACAGCAAGUUAGUGCAUCAACUCUUUUGUCUCUUCCAGGACCUUACCUGACAGUGAAACUGAAAGACGAGACCUAUCGUCUUGUGGGAUACCCACAUCUUCACCACUUCACCACCAGCCUUCAUUUCGGCAUUUAUCCGGCUUGUGCACAUCUGAAUUGAUCCUCUCUUAUCUAGAUGAGUGGAGGAGAAGCCAAGGUUUGUUCCCCUUAGAAUCAAGCACACACACCCCUCUUCCAGAGAGAGACGCCUUCUCUCUGUACUCCAGCGAGGUUGUCAGGACCUACGCUGUGCUGCAAGAGGAUGAAGUAAUCUUAACAACAAAAAAGCACAUUCAAUAGGUGUCUCAGUUCACACAUCCAGUAGGGGGACCUUAAUUACAAAAUAUCCUACUCAGAAUUAGCCGUUAAAGGGGGGAAAUGGCGCAUUGUUGAAAGUGCACACGUGCAGCCUGCACUGUUCACUGCCACAGGGUCCCACCCAUAACGAACACUCUGGAAGCCUCUAGAAAAACCCACACGUAGACAAAGUUGGUCAGCAGAAAACCAAAGGAGCCCAAUUUUUAAAAAACAAUAGCAAAGCGAAUAAAUUACCCCUGAGAAAGCAAACACAAGGCACUGUUUGUUUUAUGACCUGCAGAAGGAAACUCCGUCUGCAGCCUCAUAUUUGUUACUGUCCAUUAUUCUGUGUGCAGAAUAAUGGACAGUAGACCAUUAUUUGAUUAUUGCACAACUGGGAAGGCGGAAAGAAAUCCCGAUCUGAAGUUUAAGGGCUUGCUGUAGUUUAAAUGUUGCUGGCAGCCUUGAGAGAUGAAUCUUACCUGGGCUUAAUGACUCUAAAAGCAAACGGAUGGCAUGAUGAGGAUGUAAUUAGUAUUGGAUGUAACGUUGACAAUGGGAAAGAGACAAUUUAGCUGCCCACCUUUCCUCUGUCCUCUGACCCCCUCUUUCCCCUUGACAGCGUACCCUAUGUGGUGAUGUGAAAGUGUGGAGAAUCUGCCCAGGUCCACCUUGGGUGCUUUAUUGGCUUUUUCAGCGCAUGUAUUUCAAUUUAAACUUCAAAAAAGAAAAAAGGAAAACAGAAAAAAUAAGCCUUGCAAUUGAUGAUGUGGAUGUGUUCUUUUCUUUCUUUUGCUUGGAAGAACGAGAUGGAAAAAAGUGGCUGUCAUCUUCAAAAUUGCAACCUCUUGUUAAGGUGGAACCUUUAUCCUGCCCUUCCAUUCAA